AUGGGUCGCUGGACAGAUAUGGAUAGUGACGCUGAGCGACUCCCCGAAGGCUUCGAGCGCAUAGGUUAUGACGCCGAUACCCAAACCUAUACUUUCCACGAUGCAUCUGGCCAUGUCUAUGAGUCUGAGCCUGGCAACCGCUAUGGGGAGUUGCGUGCCACCGGCGAGCGCUCGCAGCCCAUAUCUGACGAACAACGACUCGAGCAACACGAGGUGAUAGAAAAGGAGAACAGGAGCGCUGUGCGCAUGAUGUUGCCGUUCGCACUGCUGGUUCUUGUGUUCCUGUUCCUUGUGUUCAAGCUCGUGAACAGGAGCGACGAUACACACGUUGCUGUUUGUGAAGAUGGUGAUCAUCAAUUACAAGUCUCCAAAGGCGAUACGUGUUGGGCGAUUGCGGAAGCGCAUGGUGUGAACGUAGACGCUUUGUUGAGCUUGCGCGGGAAUCAAGGAGUGGAUUGUGACAGACUGAGGAUAGGGCAGGGCAUCUGUGUGCCAAACAACAAGGUAGUUCGCUUGUCGCGAUUUGUUACUGGCCAAAUCCUCAACUCCUGA